UUGUUAUUGUUGAAGGGAUACAUUUAGCUGUUACUGUUAGAUUUAGUGUUUGCUCUUAGCUCGAAGUAGCUUUUUCGAACAGUGUUGUCCUGCUAGAUAUAAUGGUAUGUCGAUUUAUCGAUCAUUGGUCGUGCAUGUUAAUGAUUGGACUAUGUUUGCGGUUUGUGGAGGGAAAAGUGGUACAUCAUCAUCAACCUUACCAUUCGAAACCAUUAGUGCAUGGUAAUGACAUUAGGUUGAUAUCACUUAAUGACGGUGAAUACCAACCAGCUGCCGGCGAAAUACUCGCAAAAGAUUCAAUUUUAUAUUCACAAAAGCCUGAAACGCGACUAUUACGACGGCAAUUGUGGCCUAUCAUGCAGGAGACAAUGGAUACGUUGGUGGAUAGUGUAUCUGUAGGGGCAAAUUUAUUCAAAAAUAUGCUGGUAACGAAUUCUCAUCCGAUGGCAACGAAAAUUCGUAAUAUCAAAAAUGCCUACAUAUCGUCGUCGACGGUACCGCAUAAGAAAUUGACUAAAUUUCCAGCAGCGAAAAAGGUGAAAAAGAUGAAAAAGCUUCCAGAAUCGCACCGAACGAGAACGGUAUCGGAAGACUAUGUUCACACGUAUCACGACGAAACUUAUACCGUUCCGACAUAUGUCACCAAAUCGUCGUCAAAGAAUCCGUAUUUGGAAAUGGGAUUGAAAGAUUAUAAACAUUUCGAGGAGACAGUCUUGAGAGAGUUGGAGGAAAAGGAAGAAAAGAAAGUGGAAGCGACGAUGGGUUCACUGUUGCACAAGAAAGCGAAAAAUAUGGAGGAAGAUUUAGUGCAGGGUGUUCCAGCUGACGGCUGGAGACCGGUAAUACCAAAACAUGAUGUCCAUGAGCAGACCAAUAAACCAAAAGAAGUGGGAAAACUUCAUACGAAUUUCGUAUCGUCGGGUCAUGACGUGAUCGAUGGAUCAAUGUCACAAUUACACGAAUCCGUCAUUGAACAGCCUAUGACGAAUGGUGCUGGUAAAUUGAGAAGACGCAAGCCAAACCAAAAUCGUUCCACAACGUCGACAACAACUGUUUCACCACCCAAACCAUUUACUCGUAGAGUUCCGACCCAAGAUGCACCCAAUUAUCCGUCGCAUUUUCUUAACAAACAAAGGGAUGUGAACAAAGAGAAUCAGAAUAGUCCGGACCUGUCGCAAGAGCUGAGUUACAUUAAGCGAAUGAAGUUCUAUCGCGAACAAAUGGAAGGUCUAACAACGUCGACAACGAGUCGUCCGCCGAACGCAAAAGAUUCUUUGGUAAUCGACGCAAGUGAAGAAAAGUUUGUGUUCAUUACGCCUCUGCCAAAAUUGUCUACUGAUCGAAAAGUACAACGACAGAAAACUAAAAUGUAUGUCCCGUCCGUUGAUGGGACGAAUUCGGGAACCAAGAACAGAGGGAGCAUAAAAUUCAGCGAUAGCCUGUCGUAUGAAUGAAUUACAAUAGUUUAGCAUCUAAGACUGACAAAUCGACGCAAAUCCCACAAUGAUAAAUUAUUUUGUAGUUUUAACGGUAGAAUUAGCAAUAAAGACGUAGAUACACUUAGGCCCGCGGCUAGAAGAUUAAUAACUCAUUUCUACAGUGACGUAUUUAUACCUAAAAAAACAUGAAAUAAAAAGAGGGUGGGAGGCUCUUGGAAGUUAAAAAAAAGUUCGAAAAAAACACGAAACGAAAAAAUCGAUUCGCCAUACCAUUUUCCAAAAACAUAAACAAAGAGACAGUUCGAAUGAGAAAAAUUCUAUUUGCUCCCCAUGGGAAAUGUCAUUCUACCAGUCGUCAAGAAAGCACAAUUUUCUCAUUGCCUAUUGAGGGGAGAAAACAAGGCAAAACACAACGCGUGCAUGAAAAUGUCUUUUUAGGCUUAAAUCCAUCAUUGUAGAAAUGAUUUAGUACUCAGAGAUCUUCUAGCUACGGCCCUGGAUGGAGUGUUGCUGGGUCUAACAUUUAAAAAAAUGUUUUGGUUUUGCUCAUAAAAGACGUCCGGGCGAUUUUCGAUUAUUUCGUCUUCCCUAAGACCGGUCGUUUAUCUAGAGUAUCUACACUUCAGAUGGCAUAACUCAAACGUUAAUCUAGUUCCAUAGAAUAUUAUUUAAAAGGAAUUGAGUGUAACCUAGAUACGAAACUGUAAUAAUUCCUAGAAUAAAAUCGUCUGAAAAAAACGCUACGAAACAGGUUCAAUUAUUUAAAUAAA